AUGCCAGAAUUGAAGAUCGCGCCCUCGAUUUUGAAUGCGGACCUCGCCAAUUUGAGCUCCGAGUGCAAGAAGCUUUUUGCUGCCGGCGCUGACAUCAUGCAUUUGGACGUGAUGGAUGGACAUUUCGUGCCCAACUUGACGUUUGGUCAUCCCGUUGUAGAGAGCUUAAGAAAGGAGCUCGGCCCAGACGCCUAUCUUGAUGUUCAUCUCAUGGUGUCGAAACCGAGAAUGUGGAUCAAGGAUUACAAAAAAGCAGGAGCAUCAGCUUUUACGUUCCAUUUGGAAGCAGUCGAGGGUGUCGACGAAGCUGUGGAUAUUGUUCAAGAGAUCGGAAGGGAAGGAAUGCUCGCUGGAGUGGCGAUUAAGCCCAAAACUCCCGUUGCGCCGCUUCUUGAAGUGAUGCAGAAGUGCCAGAAGAAUCAGAUUCCUGUCACCAACGCACUUGUAAUGACCGUGGAGCCGGGAUUCGGCGGACAAAAGUUUAUGGGUGAUAUGAUGUCGAAAGUGAGCGCGAUUCGGGAACAAUAUCCAGAAUGUGAUGUUCAAGUCGAUGGAGGAGUUGGUAUUGGAAAUAUUGACUUAUGCUACAAGGCAGGAGCCAACUCGAUUGUUGCAGGAUCGGCAAUAAUAAAAUCAGAGAACUGGGCUGAGACCAUUACCAGCAUGCGAAAGAAAUGCGAAGAGGCCUGA